AUGGCCACGCCAUACAACAUCCACGUGAAGCCGCACGAGUCUGGUCUAUUGCGGUUUCCACAAGAUGAUGCUUCGUCUGAUAAAUUAUCAGAGCUUAUGCAGAAAGAUCUUGAGAUUCCUCAUCAUCUUCUCACACUAUAUGGCACGGGCGCUGGCUCCUCUGCCCUGGAGGCAGCCUUCUCCAAGAACGCUUCCUACCAGAUCCGCGCGUCGACACCAGAGUCAUCCAUCGUAGAGGAGCUCCAGGCUGACUAUCCUGCGGCGGCACCAAAGUAUCUAGGCAAGGGCAAGCACUAUGCCGCCUUUCUCUGCUUCUUCCAGACCGAGAUGGAGACCAAGAGUUGGCAGGACGUGCUGAAGGAGUACGUCUUCAAGGAGGACGAUGCUGCCGCGAAGGACCUCUACGAGAGGCUCUUCGCCGGCUUCCUGCACCCCAUGAUUCAGCUCAUGUUUGGCGUCGAGUGGCAGCAGCCCGCCAUUGUCGCCGAGGGUCUCGCCCAGACGGCGGUGCACGACAAUUGGCUGGGUGGCUUCCUCGCCGAGGCGGAGAAGCGCGCAGAGCAGCGUGAGCCAGGCGCAUACCGACCCCUGACAGAGCUCUUUGAGGAGCUGCAUGACAAAAAGCAUAAGAAGCUCGCUCGAAGCGCUCGACUCAACGAUAGCCAGAAGAUCCGUGACGGCGUCAUGGCGAGGGCGCCUGAAGAGGCACUCGACUAUGUCAGUCAGAUCAAGGUCCGCCCUGAGGAAUUGGAGGAGAGAACGGCCGAGAUGGCGCAUAAUGCUGCCUACGUUACCGCGGCGUCUUCGUGGCAUCCGCCCCAUGUUCCAAAAUAUGACUUCUUUUUGAUUCACCAUCUUAACGCCUUCCCUAUCUUCCUCACGAUCAAUGAGCAAGAUUGGAUCCCGACGGCACUCAAGGUCCGAUUUCUCGAGUGGAAGAUGCGUAUCGAUGUGAUCCAAUACAUUGCGCGUGGCUGCCCUCAACUCCACCCAGAAGCCCUGCACUCGUUUGGGUUGAAGGAUGGAACCGCGGUCUCGGAGCCCAAAGAGUUGUUGCCCAGAUUCCAUGGUAUCAUGGACGAUGGCCAUACGAUCAAAGUGGCGAGGGCGCUACUUCUCGCACAGGAGCAGACGAACAAGUUUGGGGAGAACAGGCCAUGGCUCAGGAUCAAGGGCGACGACUGGCUCAGGGCGCAUUACCUGCUGCUCGAAGGCACUGAAGGCGAGCAGGACUCGAAUUGGGUCAGGUCAGCCGGGUUUGAGGGUGCUUGGAAGGAUAUACCGAAAUUGUAA